UGGCUAAAGUAUGGGCAACCAUACAUAUCAAACAGAUAUGCUUGAUCCUUUCUAUAUGCACCCCAGUGAUAAUCCCGGUCUUUCCAUCGUUUCACCAUCUCUCAACAACUCAAACUUCCAUUCAUGGUCUCGUGCAAUCAAACUUGCUCUGCGUUCCAAGAACAAAUUAGGGUUCAUCGAUGGAACCCUAAUUCGACCAAAUUCUCUUGAUUCCAAAUACCUAGCUUGGGAUCGUUGCAACAACAUGGUUUAAGAGUAUGCAGGAUUGAUAAAGAGUGUUUGGGAUCAACUGGAGUCUUAAGAGUGAGCAUGGGAUGCUUCCUGUUUUUCAUGAUGAUGUUUUGGUCAACUGUAAGAGCUUCUAAAUUGAAUGAAGCAAGAGAUAAGUGGCAUUCUGGAUGGUGGUCAAUAAAGAUUGUGCUGUGGAUUCUCUUUACAAUUGUUCCAUUUGUAAUCCCUGCUGCUUGGAUGGAACUAUAUGGCCAGGUAGCACAAUUUGGUGCUGGUGUUUUCCUCCUGAUUCAGCUAGUAAGCAUAAUCAGCUUGAUUAAUUGGCUUAAUGAAUAUUUUUCAUCUGAAACAUAUGUAGAAAGAUACAAAAUCCAUGUGAUGAUUUUUGCAACAGCUUCACUUUGUUUAUGUUUGGUGGGACUAAUUUUGAUGUAUAUUUGGUAUGGAUCAUGCCUUCUCAAUAUUUUCUUCAUCACUUGUUCUUUGGUACUUGUCAUACUCAUGACAAGUGUAUCUCUUCACCCAAAAGUAAAUGGUGGACUUAUAAGUCCAGCGUUAAUGGGACUAUAUGUUGUCUUCCUUUGUUUGAGUGCAAUUAGAAGUGAACCCAAAGGAGAUCAAUGCAUCCGGAAGGCAGAUACUAUAUCAGAAAAUGACUGGCAAAACAUCAUGAGUCUUGCUAUUGGAAUACUAGCAAUAGUUUAUGCAACAUUUUCAACAAGCUUAGAUUCUAAAUUCUCUCAGUUAAGGAAGAGUGAGAGGCCAACAGAAGAAAAUGAUGUUCCAUAUGGUUAUGGCUUCUUCCAUUUUGUGUUUGCCGUAGGAGCUAUGUACUUUGCAAUGCUAUUGGUUGGAUGGAAUAGUCACUAUUCUAUGAAAAGAUGGUCAAUUGGUGUGGGAUGGAUCAGUGCUUGGGUCAGAAUAGUAAAUGAGUGGUUGACAGUUUGUGUUUACUUAUGGAUUUGGGUAGCGCCAAUUAUAUGGAAGAAAUCCUUGUCAUACUGCUUUGGUUCCAUAGUCUGAGCACAUCUAAGGAAAGAAAGAGUCAACAUAGGAGCACAAUUUAUGGUUGGGAGAUUACAUGGGAGAUUACAAUAUUUCCAAAAAAUUUAUGGUAAAGCCAAGAAAGAGCAAAUCUAAGGAGCUUCAAAUAUGCAGUUCUCUAAAGCUCCUAUAAUAAUAAACUAUUUACAACACCAAAAUAUUUCACUUCGACCCAUAGCCGGUCAUCACAAAUCCUUCAUUAUUCGUUUGUAACUUCGAUCCACAAACAAUAGAAACCGAAAGUUACAUGUAUUUGUACAAGAUGGUCGACUUGAUGUUUGAA